GAUAAAAACAAGAGUCUCUCUCUGCAUAUUUCAUGAACUACUAAUUAGGAGUCCAAUUUUCAAUUCUAAGAGAUUCAUAAAUUCUAAAAGCCUUAUCUAUCUAUCUAUUUCUCUUUCUAUUAAUCAGGAGGAUCAGCAGCAGGAUUCAUGGCAACUGAGAAUCUAACAAUAAUGACAUUGAAUGUUGAUCUCCAGUGCCCACGCUGCUACAACAAGCUCAGGAAAAUUCUUUGCAAUAUUCCCCAAGUUAGAGAUCGAGUGUAUGAUAUGAACAAAAAUCAAGUGAUGAUCACGGUGGAUGGCUGCAACCCUGAGAAAAUUCGCGACAAAUUAUGUAGCAAGGGUCGCAACGUUAUAAAAAGCAUAAUUAUAUAGUACUCCUUCCUAAAAGAGGAAGCGUAUUGAUGUUCUAGCUAGUCCUUCCCAGAAUGCAUUGCAUCUUAGUUACAAAAUUUCAUAGACUUUGUAUAAUUGAAUAUUGGUAUGUAUCUGGCAAUAGUAUUCUACCUUUGCCAUUGAUUUAAAAUGAACAUGCAACUUAGUGGCCAUGAUGCCAAACUCAUCAAGCAGCUGAAUUUCUGUCAUGUGAUAGUUUAAUUAAAGUGGCCAUGUUCCUUUAUAAAACCAAGCAGCUGUUGCCUUUCUCAUUCUGGAAAAGCAGAAA